CCUAGGUUAGCACAAAGUGAAAUCGUUGGAUAUACAUACAUAUUAACCAAUUUUCAAACUAAAUGCAUUAAAUAAUGUGGAAUGAUUAGUAAUUAAAUGAUAAAUAUGUACGUCAUCUGCUAUGAAAUUAACAAGAUAUUUAUUUUGGGCGAUGAAGGUAUCAAUAAUUACAUACCUUAUUAUAUUUGGACUUUUACCCAUUAUAUUUCAUUACUCUUAUACCAUACAAAAAAAAAUACUUUUUUUAAACAUUGUACAAUGGCCACUUAAUGUUGAUUUUACAAAACCAGAAUCAGUUGGCAUGAAAGGAACAAGAAACUUUUACUUAAAAACCCAUCAACAAGUAAAAAUAGGAGUAUGGCAAAUUCUACCUCAGUCAUUGAUAAACGAUUCUACUAUUAUAAAUGAUGAAGAUUAUGAAUCUGUUUUAAGUACUGCAAAACAACCUGUUUUUCUUUAUAUGCAUGGUAACAGUGGUAAUAGAGCAAGUAGCCAUCGAUUAGAACUUUACAAACUUUUCCAAACUUUAGAUUACCAUGUUAUAUGCUUUGACUAUAGGGGCUAUGGCGAUAGCGAAGAAGCAGAACUUUCUGAAAUGGGGGUAGUUGCAGAUAGUAAAUAUCUACUUGAAUGGUUGUUAAAGAAGGUGAAUGGAUCUGCACCCGUUUUUGUAUGGGGUCAUUCUUUAGGCACUGGUGUUUCUACUCAUGUGUUAGCAUUAUUGGCGGAAGAAAAUAUUCAGCCUGCAGGCUUGUUCUUAGAAUCACCAUUUAACAAUAUUGCAGACGAAUUAAGCGAACACCCUUUAGCACAGGUUUUUAAACAUUUACCAUGGUUUCAUUGGGUGAUUGUUGAACCAUUUUACAACAAUCAUCUUCGUUUUGAAUCAGAUAAACAUAUAAAAAACGUUCAAUGCCCUGUUAUGAUAUUACACGCGGAAGAUGAUAAUAUUGUACCAUUUUCCUUGGGUGAAAAGUUAUAUAAAGCUGCAAUAAGCUAUCAUGGAAACGAUACAAAUCAUAUUCAGUUUAUACGUAUAGAUUCGUCUUAUGGACUUGGUCAUAAAUAUAUAUGUCGCUAUAAAGAAUUACCUAAUAUAAUUACAUUAUUUGUAAAAAAGACACAUAAAAAUCAGACUGAUUAUUAUUAUUAACGCUAACAUGACAUAAGUUUUUUACAACGGAAAUCUAUAGAUGAAUAAAAUAAAUAAUAUAUGAUGCCGGAAAAACAUUAACGAGUAAGUUUUACGAAGUUUAAAAUUUUUCUGUUCGAUAUUGCGUCGAUGUAAUCGAAAUUGCGCCUUUCUAUUGUUCAAUCAAGUAUUGCUCUUAAAAUUAUACAAUAUAGUAUUUAAUGUAGUAUUCCAGUUUUGUUGAAUACGAAAUAUUCAAACAAGCAGCUAUUCAAGAUUAAUUGAACUUUUAUGUGUUCACCUGUGUUACAGUAGUAUUAAUUAUAUUUAACAAAGCAAGCAUGUUGAUUCGUUUCUAUUAAAUAUAGGAGAAUGUUAUGACGCCGAAGAAAUGCUGUGAUAGUUAUUUUAAGACUAUCAACAGUAUUUAUUAUAUUAUAUUUAUCAAUUAACAUAACACGAUUACAACUAAUGAAUACUCAG